ACAUGCUUGACGUUUGUUACGACGAAACAUAAAAAGGGAGGGGGUGAAUUGUUCUCACCCCGACACUCUCCCGCAAGAGAUUCAUGACCUCCAUUCUCUGCCUCGUUCUACUACGUCUGAUCCUCAACCCAUGGCUCGGGAGCAGCCGAUUGAAAAGAAGAAAACCACAGCCCCCGUCGCUGGGAGAAAGCCGCGCUUUCCCUCCCGCGACGUCAUCGCUCCCUUGGGAGCAUCUCUGUUGGGGGAUUGGCUUCCGUCUUUUGAGGCUCCCCAAUCCUGGUGCAGAUCCGAGGCACAGAAAAGGCACCAAAAUUCUAAAAACGGGAAGGUUUCCCAGAUUUAAUGACGAUAGAGUCGACCAAAACGGAGUUAUUUUUAGGGCUGAGAUUAGCUUAAUCGAAGGAAUAUUACCGACCAGGUUCUCGUCUUCUUGUAUUUGCUCUUUAGCUACUAGUGAUUCGACUGGCGGAUAAAUUCAUGAUCCUCGUUCUUCCCGAAGCCUAAAUGAUGGUAUGGACCAACAUGUACGAGUAGAUUGAUUGUCGGACG